AUGUCGCUGCAGGGGCUUCAGGAACGCCUGACGGCUCUGCAAGAAACCACGACGCAACUGCGGGACCUGAUUGAUCGUCUAUCCAACCUCAAAUUCCAGCCUGGCUCCGUCCCGCUCGACACCGAGGAAGAGAACAGUCCGAGCGGCGAGCUCAGCGCAGAGAUCGGGCAGAUACUGCGCAGUGGGCUGGAAGAGCAGGAACUGUUGCAGGAAGAGGCCAGGUAUGCCAGGCCAGAGGGGCACGAUAAGGCCAGGUUGGAAGAUGGCAUCGAGAGACUGGGUAGUCAGCUCGCCAGCCACCGAGCAGCCUUUCGAAAAGCACGGCUCGCGGCGAAAAAGAGCUUGGAGCAGGCGCAGAGACUGGAGAGACAUCUCCUCGUCCGGUCGCUAUCGAUGCCCGUGUCCGAGUGCGAGUCGCCCACGUCGGCCAAUGGCGAGGCGCCCAUGCCUAUAAUCCGCCGCACCCCACGACACACGCUGCAGCAGUCGAGCCUGUCUCAGGAAGACCGCCAGACGGUCGGCGCCAGCAGCAACGUCACCACUGCCCUGCGACGGACGCACGAUCUCAUGGCGGCCGAGCUGUCGCGCAGCGAGUUUGCGCACCAGACGUUGACGGAGUCGUCGGCUGCGCUCAAGCAGCUCAAUGAAUCGUACACGUCACUGGACUCGAUGCUUGCCAGCUCGCGCGAUCUGCUCGGCACACUGCUGCGGUCGCAGAAGAGCGACACAUGGUACCUUCAGACGGCGCUCUACAUGCUCCUGACCACGGCGGCCUGGCUGGUCUUUCGGCGCAUCCUCUACGGGCCCCUGUGGUGGCUCGUGUGGCUCCCGAUUCGGAUCCUCUUUGGAGCCGGCACCAAGGCGGGCGGCGCCAUGCUGCGGGGACGCGGCGAUGGUGCCGGGGAGUCCGUCAAGGUGCCUGUGGGCGGGCAGGAGGGCAGGAUUCCCGUCGACGGCUUGCCCGACGAUGACUUGCCAAUCGCCCAAGUGAGACACGAGACAAGGGAUCCGGAUGAGGUGGACUUGGAGUCGGUGGUGGAAAAGGUACGCGAAAUGGUGGAAGACAUGGAAUCGACAUAUGGGCGAUCUGAUUCGAACGAGCACGGGAACACGAAGAAGAGGAUGUGGGAGGAAACCGAGGGCGUUGGUGACCAAGCUUAUACAAGAGACGAGCUUUGA